UAAUUAGAUAAAAAAAGGUAGCUCUUGUUUCUGUGCACUAGUGCAGUUAGUAACUUGACUCAGUUGGUAUUUAAACCUUGUUUUGAACUAUUCCUGUACAAUUAAUGGGCGUUAGUUUGUGUCCAAGAGCAUAUAAAUGAGAAGGUUAUCAUUUUUUGUGCACUCACUUGAAGGUGUGUUUUUUCGCAGAAUGUCUAAUUUAUCACCUAAACCGAGGGUUCUCAUCAGUCACAAUGCUAUUCCCCAAGUUGCCAUUGAUAUACUCAAAGAUAAAUUUGAUACAGUGGUAGUAAAAGGAACUCCAAACCCCACAAGAGAAGAGCUCUUGCAGCUGAUCCAAGGAUGUUCUGCAGCUCUAUGGUACGGUCACAUCAAGGUGGAUCGGGAGAUGAUAAAUGCAGCAGGUGACUCCCUUAAGAUCGUAGCACACUCCGGAGCCGGAUACGACCACAUCGAUGUCAAUUAUUUAAAAGAGAAAGGGAUCAUAUGCACCAAUGCUGCCAACGUCCUCGGCCCUGCUGUGGCUGAGAUUGCCAUUGCUCUCACUUUGGAAGUUUCUCGCAGGACUCUAGAGGGAUACAAGGCUAUCACCUCAGGAACUUGGCUGAUGAAUCAUGCCACGUGGAUGACUGGACACGGUCUCUCUAAUAAAACUGUCGGAAUCAUUGGUUUGGGUCAGAAUGGAUUUGCAAUAGCGAAGAGAAUUGUCGGAUUUGAAAUCGGACGGUUGUUGUACAAUGAUCUCACAGAACUGGAGGAGAAAGCAAGAUCCGUAAAUGCAGAGUUUGUGUCAAAGGAAGUGAUUUUCAAGGAGAGCGACUUCCUGUAUUUGUGUGUGCCUCUGAACAAUGAAACCAGAUUCCUUGUAAAUAAGGAGACUCUGAGCACCAUGAAGAACACCAGCAUCCUCAUCAACACAUCACGGGGAGAAGUGGUAAACCAAGAUGACUUGAUAGAGGCACUGCAGAAGAACAUCAUCUAUGGUGCAGGUCUUGAUGUAAUGUACCCGGAACCCUUACCUCAAGAUCACAUCCUUACCAAACUACCAACUUGUGCGCUGACGCCUCACAUCGGGAGCAGAACUUUUGAGAAUCGGAAAGCGAUGUACAUUCUGGCGGCGCAGAACAUCUAUAAUGCUCUGACAGGUCAACCUGUCCUCACCCCUGUCGUUUGACGUGGACGUCCUCAGCUUCAUUGUUCAUAACAAUACUGAAUAUACUGAUGAAGUACAAUAUUUAUAUUGUUUAGAGUAAAAUAUUUGGAUCAGAUAUUAUGAGUAUGUAAUAUAUUGUCUAAUAUUCAUACAUAUACUUGAAUACUAUGUAAAUGUUUUAUUAAACGCUUUUGUGGUAUCUUGUUUGUAGUUAUUUAAAUAGAGUGUAUUACUUUUAUUUUAAUAGAAAUAGCGGAAAAACAGAAUCGCAACAGAAAUUAAUUAUGAAGACUCUUAACAACUAUCAGAUGCACUAGUUUUUAGCAAUCCAAAUGUUUAAGCAAAUGAUUUAAAAUUAUGAAAAUUGAUCCAUAGCGUUUUGUUAGUUGAAUGCUGAAUCUAAAACUGAUCAUUUAUAAACAUACAGGGUAUGUAUAGUGAGAUGGGCUGGGUUGGUUGAGUAUGAACAAAGUAACACAUCUACCGCAGUCAACAUGUUAAAAUAUUAUUUACUCAGUUUUGGACGGGCUAAAGUUUUUUUUAACUCAGCUAUGUAUAUGUCAACAUACUAUUUUUCAAAUACUGUUUGGCUGGUAAAACAUAAUUUGUUAAAUAUUUUUUAAGAAUAUAAUAGAAACAAUUCUGUAAAUUAACAUAGUAAAAUUACAAAUUUAUCCAUCCAUUCCUUUAUUAUGUUUAUUUAAAAUAAAUAUUAAUUGAUCUUUUUUUGUAUUUAUAAAACCUGUUCAAUAAUUAAACCUGCUAAAUCUAUUGCUGCAUAAUAUGCAUAGGUGAAUAUUCUGAAAAAUAAGAUAUCUAUGUAAUAAUUAGCUAGCUAUUACCAUAGCUGUAGUUGGAAAAAAAUAAUAAAUGAGUUUAACUGAAGUUCUUUUAUUUGCCAAAUAUUACUUUAUUCUACAGGUUGACGCAUUAAAGAAAAUGCUGUAUGGUAUGUUUAAUUUCAUAUAAUUUUAUUUAUCAUCUCUGUAUACUGUAUGUAAUAUAUUGAGGAUAGUGAUUUUAUGAAAAUGUAUGUUAUUUAGUUGUCAAAUAAAUAGAUUAAUAAAUUUGUUAAA